GGAGAGGGAGCUGAGAAAGAGAGUAGGCUGGUGAGGGAAGGUGCUUUCCCACGAGGGACGGGGUCUCCGACACCGGGAGUUCUUGCAAAGUUUAAAAAAAGAAAAUCACCCAACGCCAGGUUAUAGUCCCAACAGGUUUAUUUGGAAGUGCAAGCUUUUGGAGUGCUGCUCCUUCAUCAGGUAGCUAGUUCUUGCAAAGUCGCGAUGUUCACAGUGCUGCCGCGACUGAGGCAGAGUGCUGAGAUUUUCAGGCGGCUUCUGCCUUUGAUGAGUGGAAUAAGAAUCGGACGUCCGUGUGGCCUACAGGCGAAGUGAUGCCUGGGAAACGGGAAGAGCAGGCAGCCGGAAGAGAGGCCGAAUGCUCUGAGGUGCCCCUGGGGCCCGAGAGCCACGAGGGCAGCAAGGCAUGUUCUGAGAGCCUGCCCCUGGGUUCUGAAGGUGGCAAACUCUCCAGUGCGUCGAUGGGGGUAGGCGGGGAGGAGGAACCAGCCCUGCCUCCCAAAGUUGCUGCUCCGGGGAGGGGACUCUCUGAACCACCGUGUGAAACCCUUCACGGGGCGGCAGGAGAUCGGGAGGGGGCGAUGGAAUGCGCUGGAGAAUCCGAGACAGUCCGCGCUGACACGGCACCCGUGAGUGAGCCAGACCGUUCUGGAGCCAUGGGAAAGGGAGUGCUCCUUGCGCCACCCAGCAAACCGACGAGCGAAAGGGGGCAGGCUGCGCCCACAAGCCCUUCUGGGUCCCAGGCCUCUGAAAUUGAGACUGCAAGGCUGCACCAUCUUGGAUCCACCAGCCUGGAGACUGCAGGCAAGGGUGUGCACCUCACUGGGCCAUUUGUUGCAGACUCUGAUGCUGGAGGUGCAGGCCUUCCCAGGUCAUUCAUCUCAGAGCCUGGGCCUGAGCGAACAAGCCUCCCAGGGUCAACUGUCUCAGAGCCUAAUGCUGGAGGAGCAAAAUUAUCUGGAUCAUUCAUAUCGGAGACUGACGCUAUGGAGACAAAUCUUCCUGAGUCAUCCAUCUCGGAGAGUAACAGAUGGAUAAAUCUUCCUGAGUCAUCCAUCUCGGAGAGUAAUGCAGGGACGGACUUGAAGUCCAAAUGUGCUCCAUCAUUGAAACUAUGGCCACGAUAUGAGCCAGGAAUGGCCAAUGUGGAGGAGCAGUGCACACCCCUACAAGAACCCGAAAGUCAACAUGUGACAGUGACUCCCAGUGAGCACCAUUUAGAAGCUCGGGGUGAAUCACUGCCUUUACCUUUGGGCAGGUUACACGACCGUGAAUCGAAGACUGAUUUUAAACCUUCAGAGACGCUGAACACCGUCGGGGAGGAGCUGAGUGAAGCUUUAAAAACCUCUGAGGGCUCGCUAGCCCUUCGGUCGGCACACCACCUUCCGCUGGCCAAUAGUGGGUCUGCCAUUUCUGACGGUGCAGCAGCCAGGGAGCCUCCCGCAGACUCUGUGUUCGUGGUCCAAGCAGGACACACUGAUGAAAAUACCGUGUUGAGGCUGGAGGAAGCCCAGGGUGAGCUGGCUUGCAUUCCACCAAGAGAGCAAACGAUCCAAGCCAGCAGCAAGUCAGCUGGGUUGAUGCACUCGGCAAACCAAGAAGGACUGACUGACCUGGCGACCCGGAAACACUCGAGGAGGAGGAGGAGGAGAGGGGUUCAGAAAACCAACUCCUUGGUGCAGGAAGGCUCCGAAAUGCGGAGUUCUGUCGUCUCAGCCAAUGUUAGAAUAUCAGAUGGGGGUGAGCGGGCUGGGGAAGUAGCAGUCCCAGUACCUUCCAUUGGUACACUGCAACCUCCGGCUGUUUGUGGAGUAAAAGAGUUGAGUGGUGAAGGGCCACGCACCGAUAGAGCAAGUGACACCCAAUUGGAGACGGUGAAGAUAAUAGUGGACUGCAAUCAAACUGAAAGAGCCGUGGAGAUCGAGGAAGACGCCAGUGCAGAAGGUCAGAGACUGGGUGAAGGAAGCACAAGGGAAGUGAUGAGGAGGAAACUGGAAAGCGAUGAGAGUUCUGGAGGUGGCCUUGAUGUUCACACCGAUCUGAACUUCAAGGUGGAGAUACCAGAAGCCAGUGAGGAAGUUAAAGGAGUGAUUGGCCAGGUGGAGGCAGCUACUGCUACUUUGCCUCAGGAAGCAGAAGCUCAGCAGAUGGAAAAAUGGAAGGAGACCCCCAAAUCGGCGCUGCAGCUGGUUGUGAGCAACCUGAACUCUUCGAAGAAUUUUGCCGAGCUGCAGAUUGCUGUAAUCACAUUCUUCAUGGAGAGAAAGUUGUUGAUCACAUCCAUUGACAUGAAGAAAUCGAGAAAACGUGGCAUCGUGACCUUCCUGUCUGGUAAGGAUGCAAGCCAAGCACUGAAGUACAACGGUGAAGAGUUGCUCGGCCGGGCCCUGCGGAUACGCCGGCCCCUGCAGAUCCUGAGACCGGUAGCAAGUGCGAUGUUUAUUUUCAAAGUUGUCAAGGGAAGGAAACGAAAGCUUAAGGAUGCUGACGGGGAAUCCUUGAUUCCGGCAAAGAAGAAGAAUGUUCGGAAAGCAACCACAUUGACUAAGAAAAACAAGAAGGAAUCAGAGUUACUGAUUAAAAGAAGGAAGAAAAAACAAGAACAAAAAGCUGAGAAAAUAGAGGAGGAGGAAGCAUCGACACGUCAGAAGAUGAAGAAAAGACAUUGGGAGAUAACUGCUUCAACUGAGCAGCAUGGAGAAGACGCCACAGAAACCUCGCUUCGGCAGCUGAAGAAACGGAGACGCGGCAAGUCAGCUUCAAGUGAGGGACGCAAAGGCGAUGAUCUGGAGGACAAGCUAUUUGAGAAGGAAAAGAAGCAAAGUACAGAAAAACCUGCUUUUAGUGAAAACGCAGAUGGGAACGCUGCUUCUCUGCCUCAGAAGAAGAAGAAGAAAAAGAAAAGGAAAAAAGCUGAGGAGAAAGUUUUCUUAAGCGACAAGAGAGCAGAGGAGAAGGAGAAGGUUGCCUCUGUGCUGCAAAAGAAAAAGAAAAAAAGGAAGAAGAAACUGACUUUAAGCAAGAAAACAGCAGUGGAGGAGCACGCCACCAGCGCAAAGACGAAGAAACGUAAAAAGACGCAAGAGAAAACUUCCUGGUGUCUCUACAUCGAGAAGUUGAGGUCCCAGAAUUCACCUUGUGAGCUGAAGGCAGCCAUUGGCGAUUUUCUAAGUGAGAGGUCGGUCCCAUACAAAGAGAUCCAGCUGGAUCCUGACAGCUGCUCCGCCUGUGUUGAACUGAACCAUGAGGGCGAUCUGAAUGAAGCUCUGCAGUUUGGCACGUGCAACAUUCUCGGACAAGUAGCAAGAUUAAGCAAGGUGGAGAAACUGGGAGCGCUGAAUGGCAGAAUUGACUCUAGGACACUUCGUGUGAAAACCCUUCCAAGUGACGUCUGUGCCAAGGACCUUAAGCGUUUGUUUGAGAAAGUUGCUGGUGUUUGGAUAUGUCAGGACGUCAACAAAAGGUUUGGACUUGUCAUGUUUGAGACAGAGGAAGACACAGCUAACGCGCUAAAUAAUGGUGAAAUAGAAUGCAGAGGAAACCUGCUCCGACUGGACCGUGCAUAUCCAGUGAAACAAGAGAAAAGGAAAAUUCUUAUGAUUAAAAACCUGCCUUACCCAAUCAGUAAAAAGAAUCUAAAAUCUAUACUUAAUGAUGCUGAGGAUAUCCACCUGUCAAAAAGCAACCAGUCACAAGGAGUUGCCUACGUGGAAUACAAGACCACGAAACAAGCCAAACUUGCUCUGAAGGACUUCCAAGGCAGAGGUAUUCCAGGCCAGGCAGUUCGAGUGGCUUCGAUAGAGGAAGAGCAGGAGAGCCCAGAGAGCCAGUCUGACUGGUCAGAUUCCACCAGAUCCACCAGAUCCCUGUUUGUAUGGCGCCUGUCCAAACGAACAACAGUCAAAAUGUUGAAAUCAACCUUCAAGGAGGCCGUGGGUGCCAGGAUACCACGAAAAAAGGGACGGCGGUUUGCCUUUGUGGACUUUAAGACGGCGGAGGAAGCAACGAGGGCACGGGCGCAGUUCCAGAAUAUGGAGAUAGAUGGCCAGCAAAUGAAGCUAUACUUUGCCAACUCUGCACAGUGAGGGGAAGAGGCCGGCGUGUGACCUGGUCACCGAUGAUGAACCCGGAUCACUCAGGAUCGCAGACCUACGAGGAAAGCCAGCAAGCAAGCAAAGCAUUCUCACACCUGUUUCCAAAACCAAAUAUUUCAGUUCUGUUGAUGUAGCUGGGGACCAGUGGCUCUUGCACUGCUCUGGCAGUCUGACUUUUUUUUUCUCAACCUGAAAUUAUUCAUCUGUACCUGCUGGUAAUUUGGCUUGUUCCCUGUUGUUGCUUUCCUUUUCUCUCAAGGUUUGCCUGUGUCCCCACUUUGCCCCUUUCAAUUCCUGUGUUGACCCUGACAACUGUUAGGCCUUGCUGUGUCUUGCACUGACCAUUAGGGAGCAGCAGAUGACAGCGUCAAACAAGGGUUUGGGUUUGUAUGGGGAGAUGAAAGAAAAGAUCAGCUGGUCUGAGCCUCAGAACUUCUGAGGAAGAGUCACUGGACCCCAAACUCUGAUUUCUCUCCACACGUGCCACCAGACCAAUUUCAGCAGUUCCUUUUUUGUUUCUGAUCUCCAGCAUCAACUGGUUUUGGUUUUUAUGAAGGAGAUCAUUAUUGGACAGAGAGCAAGCUGUGUCAGUACAUUGCCAUUUUAAGCAAUGGAUGUGACAUUUUCCAAAGGAUACUGUCCCGUGCAAGCAUGGUUGAAAGUAAGGGAUUUAAUUGUAGACACAGCAUGACCUUUAUGAUGCCGUGUUCAGGAAUGGUUGAGAUUUCAGCUGAGCCUUGAGUCUGCCAUCUUUCUCCCCACUCCCCUGUGUCGUCUGAAGCUAUGAGGCUGAGGAGGCAGAAUUCCCCCUUCCACAAAAUUAAUCCUUAAAACUUUGAGAUGGGAGUUGAAGACGCAAAAAUAUUUCAGUUUCUUUCCGGAACAAAAAAGCAGGAAUUGCCGGAAAGCUCAGUGGGUCUGGCAGCAUCUGUGGAGAGAAAUCGGAGUUUACAUUUCAGGAUCCAGUGACCCUCAGAACUCGAGCCAGAAUGUUAACUCUGAUGUCUCUCCUCAGAUGCUGUCAGACCCGCUGAGCUUUUCUAGCAGUUUCUAUAUCUGUUUCUGAUUUUAGCAUCUCCAGUUUUUCCUUCAGCUCCAGCCAGACUGUGCUUUUACUGAGACAGUGUUGAUUUCAGUUUUAAACUCUGAACUGUGUCAGGAACCAAAUAAAAAGACGCAGGGGUGAUUUUAACUUUUUCUUUAGUUUACACGUUCCGUGAACAUGGGUGUGGCUGCUUAGAGGACAACUGAGAGUCAACUACAUGGGCUAUAGGUCUGGAGUCACAUGUAGGCAAGACUGGGUAAGGAUGGCAGAUUUCACUUCCCUGAAGUAGAUGGGCUUUCUGGGGAGGAGUUGAGGG